AUGUCAUCAUCAUCAUCAGCCACCGAUACUAAGCCGUCGUUGCCGGCGGUUGAGUCAGUCACGUGUGACACGUGCGGUUUCGCCGAGGAGUGUACUCCGGCUUACAUCCACCGUGUAAAGGAACGUCACAAGGGACACUGGCUUUGUGGGCUUUGCGCUGAGGCGGUCAAGGACGAGGUGGUUCGAUCUCCGACAAGAAUCUCUGUCGAGGAAGCUCUCCGUCGUCACACGACGUUUUGCCACCGGUUCCGUUCUUGGAGUCCCGACGAGGAAGAAGAUCCGAUUUCCGUCAUUAGUAGGAUUCUACGACGGAGCCUCGACGGUUCUGAACCACGGAGAACCACCAAGAGGACGAGCUCGAGCGGUUCUUUGCCGGGAAUCGACGGAGUGGAGUCACGACGGUCGCUUCUCCGAUCUGGGAGCUGUUUCCCGUCUCUUUCUACUUGA